GCCAGCCGCGUGAGUCUUUCAGUUUCUUGUAACGUUUGGGUGAGGAGACUCUACAGGAGCUAUUACAACAGACGGCUUUAUUUCCGUUUCCUUAUUACUCCAGUAUAGAUAUAAUUUUUUUUUUUUACUUAACAAUGGGAUCCGAAGAUAAAUAUCUCCCCGAGCUAAUGGCUGAAAAGGACAGCAUUGAUCCUUCUUUCACGCACGCCAUGAAAUUGUUAUCGGCUGAAAUUGAAAGAGUACAGAAGGGUGAUUCAAAAAAAGAGGAUGAAGAAACAUACCUGGAUUUGUUCUCACACAAGAACGUUAAACUGAAGGAACGUGUUUUGAUCCCAGUCAAGCAGUAUCCAAAGUUCAACUUUGUGGGAAAAAUCUUGGGACCUCAAGGUAAUACUAUCAAGAGACUUCAGGAAGAGACUGGGGCAAAGAUCUCUGUUCUUGGUAAAGGCUCCAUGAGGGAUAAAGGAAAGGAGGAGAGCUUGCGAAAAGGAGGAGACCCAAAAUAUGCUCACCUAAACAUGGAACUUCACGUCUUAAUUGAAGUGUUUGGCCCACCAAUAGAAUCCUACAUUCGAAUGUCCAAUGCAAUGGAAGAAGUAAAGAAAUUCCUUGUACCGGAUAUGGUUGAGGACCUUCACCAGGAUCAGUUCCUAGAGUUGUCUUAUCUUAAUGGUGCCCCAGAUCCUUCUCGUGGCAGAGGCGGUCCUGUCAGAGGCCGUGGAGGCCUCCCACCACCACCUGCACCUUCAAGGGGACGUGGUGGUGUACCACCACCUCGGGGUGCCCCUCGAGGUGCUCCAGCUAGAGGGGUGAUGCCACGUGGUGCUCCUGUUGGUCGUGGAGUUCCACCUGUCCCUGGAAGAGGUGGCCCUGCUGCACGUGCUCGUUCAGCUCCUGGAAUUCAGAGAAUACCAUUGGCUCCUUCUGCAGAGGCUUAUGACUACGGUUAUGAAGACCAGUAUGGAGAUCAAGGUUAUGAAGGCUAUGAUUCCUAUUAUGGUCAAAGCCAAGGAGGUGAUACAGAAUAUUAUGAUUACGGCCACGGAGAAGCACCAGAGUCAUACGAUUAUGGCCCAGAUGAUUGGAACAGACCAUCGUUAAAAGCACCUCCAACCAGACCUGUGAAGGGGGCAUACAGAGAGCACCCAUACGGAAGAUACUGAAGAUAAAUGAACGGAAACAACUGGUUUUUAACACCAAACUUUAUCCAGAGCUGUUGAAAUGCAGCUGCCAGACAAGUAAUUGUCUAAAUGUUUAAUCCUUUGUGGACUUCUCCCCUGCCCUCACCACUUUCUGUUGUAAAGUAAAGCAUUUUAAUGUGUGCCUGACCAUGUUGGGCAGCAUUAGGUGGUUUUUCAGCUGAACAUCUGCUAAAGGACUGGUUUAUAAAAACAAACCCAAUUUAAAAAUCUUAAUGCUUGCUUUAAAACGUUACUAGGUUUGGUGUUAUUUUUGAUGUGUUUUGGUUUAAACUGAGUGUAGUUGCAGAAUCCCAAGUAGGCUGCAUUUCAAAAUUCCUCAUUCAAAAACUCAAAAUUCCUUUGUAAAGUGAAAAUAGCAAGCACCAAACUGCUGAUCCCGUUUUAGUGUUUUCUUUUAAAACUCAGCUUGCAAAGACUUCUAUUCUAGCCCCUUACUGGCCCAAGUUGGUCACAAAAUUUGCUUUCUAGUUUUUAAGGCGGUCCCAAAGUUUUUUGUUGAAUCUUCUCCUUUGUUUUUAUAGUCAGCAGUAAAGCUAAUGCUGUAGGAGCAGUAAUUUUGAAAUUUUUUUAAAAUUUUAAAAAGAGGGGCAGGCUAUGGAUGGGUUCAACUUUGAAGCAGUUGGAAAAUUGAGCUUAUUUCGACGUGGUCUACAUAAAAAGGGAAACUGCAGCUAAUACGGGAGACUACUCCUUACUGUACAUAUAAAAACUUCAAUUUGUAUAUUGUCCUUUAAACCUGUACCUUGGAAUAUAGAAGUUGUGUCAGUCUGCUUUAAAUAGGUAGCUUAACCUAUGUCAAAACACGUUUGCAGCAGUUUGUGAAUAAAGUAACUUUUUUAUGAAAAUAA